AUGGAUCAUGGUGACCUUCCGUUACCUUAUCUUGGAGUAUCAAGGAUAUUCCUCACCUCAGGGUUGAGGGUUCGAGAAAGUUUAUGUACAUACUUUCGCUUUCGUACUGGUCUACUGGAUACUUCCUGCAACAUGUGCAAAAUUCUUCGCUUCAGCCCCAUUUUCAUUGCGUAUGCGACGAUGAUGCUCAAAGAUGGCGCACAGCAAGCAAGGCUGUCAGUCAGAAUCAUAAUCGUGAUUACCGUGUUCCUACCUCGAUCCUUUCGUCUUCGCCUUGCUGGCGCCUGUACAUGGGAAUAUGUCGCUUCCCAUGUUAUGUCACUCGGGGAGGCAGAGUUCAUGCUUCCGUACCCAGAUUCAAAGACAACCUCUGGUAACAUAGAAAAUAGAAAAUGCCAGAGCUCAUCUAGAAUUUUUUUUGUGGCGGGUCAAUCUCGUUAUCUGGAGUGGAAGAUAGAUGUUGCAUGA